CGGGCCCCGCCGGGCCUCAAGGUGAUGGUGGGGACGGGCGUUCCUGCACGUUGCCCUGCCGCGCGCGCGGGGCCGGUAGGGGGAGGUGGCGGGCGCGGCGCGUGCGGGCAGCGGCCGUUGGUCAACCGCCGCCCGGUGCGACUCUCCAUGGCUCGGGGCCCGUGAGGAGGAGCGGUAGCCACAAGGAGACUCAUCAGUAUGUUCAGGACAUAUAUUUGAAAGGUGGGGAACUAGCAGAAGAGUUGCACCUUUUUGAAGAUACAAACCUUAUCGUACUUUUCUUGUUGCAUAUCUGGAAAGUAAUAAAGGACACCUCAGCCACACUUCAUCAAAAUGCAGCGGAGUCUGUUACAUACUGCUUCUCAGCUGGCACAUGGAACAUGUUUGUUUUUUCCUCGUUCUAGUGUAUUUCAGUGCUUAAAAGGACAAUCAGUGGUGACUAAUGUUGGAUGCAAAGUCAUUUUGGCACUGGACCCUCCUAAACGAUGUCUUCAUGCAGGUACAGCACGGUUUGCCUCAAAGAAAAGUGCGUUUUCAUCACAGCCAGCAGACACUCCUCACAAAGUACUGGAAGAGAGAAAACCUUCAACUUCAGCCACUGAUACACCUAAGCAAAGCCCUGUAGGGUCAAAUUCUUCAGAUCCUGAUCCAUUACAAGACAAAUCAAUUAGUCUUGUUCAGAGAUUCAAGAAAACUUUUAAACAGUAUGGAAAAGUCAUGAUUCCCGUGCAUCUUGUGACUUCCACUGUAUGGGUUGGAGUGUUUUACUAUGCAGCCAUGAAAGGAGUGAAUGUUGUUCCAUUCCUAGAGUUGAUGGGCUUACCGGACAGCAUAGUGGGCAUCCUGAAAAAUUCUGAGAGUGGAAAUGCACUAACUGCAUAUGCAUUGUACAAAAUUGCAACUCCUGCCAGAUACACUGUGACUUUGGGAGGAACAUCCAUCACUGUUAAAUAUCUGCGUAAGCAUGGCUACAUGUCGACACCACCACCAGUAAAGGAAUAUCUACAAGAUAGGAUGGGGGAAACAAAAGAUAAAAUUACAGAGAAGAUGGGGGAAACAAAAGAUAAAAUUACAGAGAAGAUGGAGGAAACAAAAGAUAAAAUUACAGAGAAGAUGGAGGAAACAAAGGAUAAAAUUACAGAGAAGAUACAAGAAACGAAAGACAAAGUUUCAUUUAAAAAAAUAAAAGACUAGGGGAGAUGCUUAAUUUUUGGAUAUAUCAAACUAAGCACUUUAACCCUUUGUGAGGCAGGAGAUACAAAGUGCACUUCGGAGCUUGUUUUUUUCGUUUUUGCCCUUCUUGUCUGGAGACUACAAUUGCGCUGUGGAUUUAAAAAUUCUGUAUAUUCACCAAGGUUAAACAUCCCUGGGGGAGAGUAGUUGUUGCAAAAUUUCAAUUUACAGAAGGAAAAAUGAAUAUAAAAUUAGAAGUUUGUAUGUCCAGUGGUAAUAAUGUUAACAGUUACUGUUUCCUUUUUUUUUUUUUUUUUUUUUAAUUUUCCCCCUCUCCCAAAUGCAGACAGUUUCUUCCAAAAACUACUACUUUAUUCUUCUUCCAUCAUAGUCCACAGCCAUUAUUCCAUUAGACUGAAUCUUCCAUCACGUGAGAAUUAAGAUUUCCCUACAGGGGAAGGCAACCUAUUUUGGUUUUUGGAGUAUGCAGACCCAGGCCUCUUCAGUCAUGAUCAUCUCUCAAUUUCGAGACAGACCAUUAUCACUGAUACUGCAGAUGAAGGAACUCUGGAUUAGCUGCUCAGUCUGAAUGUAUUAUAAUGGCUACACUGAUUUCAGCUGAACUGUGACAGUUUACAGGUUGAGGCUGAAUCUUUCUUGGACAGUGUAUUUGUUCAGAAACCUCAACUGAAAGCUACAGGAAGAUGAGUUAACCACAGCAGCCAUAUUGUCAAGUAUACUUUGUUCUCUAAAGUUGAUUUACAGUUGAAAGAAAGUUAUUAAAUUAAAUUAAUCAAUAAUUGUAUAUUAAAAACUAGGAUUUUUUCUUAUGUUAAAGUUUACAGAGUUGUUCUAUUUCAUUUUUGGAACAAAUUCUGAAAGAGAAGUUUACUUGAGAAAGAUGUAUACUAAGGGGCUUUUUAAAUACAUGCGAAGUUAGUGUUAAACCAAAAAAUUCUUCCUUCUAUUCAGGAAUCCCUCAGAUUUCAGUAGAACAAUUUAACUAAAAAAAAAAAAAAGCAUAACUUCUGAGACAGUCAUCACAGUCUACCCAGACGUUUUUUCCCCUAAUUUUCUUAGGUUAAGAAAAUACUCAUAGUUGAAGACUGAAAUGCUGUCUCAGAUGUCCUAAAGGACUAAGGUUGAAACUGUUCUAUUUGGCUGGGCAGGCAAACCUCUCUCAUGAUUUUAGUAAAAUUUAGGCUACGUUGAAGGGGUUUUUUUCCUACUUCUAUUACAACUUUCACUGUGUAGCAACUCUCUGCAUAUGUAUCUUGUUUAACAAGGGUGGUUUUUUGCAAAGGGGAUGUGGGUAAGCAAUGGAGUUGGACCCUGUGCAUUGUAAUUGACUGGAGUAAAAAAAUAUAGCUGAUAAAGUAUCAGCUCUGCCCCACUCCUCUGUCUUCAAUCAAGCUAUUGAGAGCCUCUCCAUGUUUAAGUGAGUUGAACUUCAUUAACUUAAUUGUGUAGUAUUGAUUACAUACUUCUCUGCCUCUGUCCGCCUGUCAAAUAGUAGCGGCAAUCUAAUGCCUAACUCACAGGGAUGUUGUGAGGAAUAAUCAUUGUAUAUUCAGUGCCCCAAAGAUGUAAAGUGCCAUGUUUCUGAUAAAUAUUAUUAAAAAAUAAUUCUGUGAA